AUGGUAAAGAUCAAAGUGAAUGGAUUUGGCCAUAUUGGACACCAGGUCACCAGGGCUGUUUUUAACUUUGGCAAGGUGGAUGUUGUGGCCAUCAAUGACCCCUUCAUUGACCUCAACGACAAGGUCUACAUGUUCCAGUAUGAUUCGACCCAUGGCAAAUUCCACGGCACUGUCAAGGCUAAGAACGGGAAGUUUGUCAUCAAUGGAAAGGCCAUCACCACCUUCCAAGAGCGAGAUCCUGCCAACAUCAAGUGGGGUGAUGCUGGCGCGGAGUAUGUAGUAGAGUCCACUGGUGUCUUCACCACCAUGGAGAAGGCCAGGGCUCACCUGAAGGGUGGUACCAAAAGGAUUGUCAUCUCCAUCCCUUCCACAGAUGCCCCCAUGUCUGUGAUGGGUGUGAAUCACGAAAAGUAUGACAACUCCCUCAAAAUUGUCAGCAACGCUUCCUGUACUACCAACUGUUUAGCCCCACUGGCCAAGGUCAUCCAUGACAACUUCAGCAUUGUGGAGGGACUCAUGACCACAGUCCUCACCAUCACUGCCACCCAGAAGACUGUGGAUGGCCCCUCUGGGAAGCUGUGGUGUGAUGGCCCUGGGGCUGCCCAGAACAUCAUCCCUGUAUCCACUGGUGCUGCUAAGGCCAUGGGCAAGGUCAUCCCAGAGCUGAACAGGAAGCUCACAAGCAUGGCCUUCCCUGUGCCCAAUCCCAACAUGUCAGUGGUGGAUCUGACCUGCCGCCUGGAGAAAGCGGCUAAAUACAAUGACAUCAAGAAGGUGGUGAAGCAGGCAUCAGAUGGUCCCCUCAAAGGCAUCCUGGGCUACACCAAGGACCAGGUUGUGUCUUGCAACUCCAACAGUGACACCCACUCUUCCACCUUUGACGUUGGGGCUGACAUCGCCCUGAAUGACCACUUUGUCAAGCUCGUUUCUCAGUAUGACAAUGAGUUUGGCUACAGCAACAGGGUGGUGGACCUCAUGGUCCUCAUGACCUCUAAGGAGUAA